GUCAGACCCUCCAUCAUCAUUUCUCAACUGAUCCCCUCGUUGUCAGACAACUCUAUGAGACGUAUGGCAUUUCUGGGCCGCCAAGUUUUUUCCACAUUGUCUGUGGCUUGAUGUUAGAAUUCAAUGGCUAUUAGGGUGGCGGAUCGGCCACCAUGGGUUUAAGUACGGCGAUUGGAGACGCUCUUGUGCUACUCGAUCGCCGGAGAAGCUCUCGCAAACCGAAGCACGACCAAUUCGCAGAACCCUUACUUUGAUUUAGGAGUCACCCAUAGCUCGGUGACGUGUGAAAAGUUGGAUCAUUCACGAAUCAGCAUCUCAAUCCCGUACCACUGGCGCGAUGUUUACCUCUGCCAAUCCUACUUCUCCCCCUAACCCGCAAGCGCUAUCCCUUUUUGCUCCCCGCUUAAUGUCCAUGGGCUUCUUUUCAGGCCACAUCAUGACUCCACCGAAGUUCGGGAUAAAACCUAGCUUAGUCCGUUCUCGGAUUGGGCGUUCACACGCAGGGUGGGAGAGCCAAAGAAGAGGCGACUGCGUUGUCCAUAUAGCCUCCACAAGGAACUAUGGUCAAAGUUCGCCAUUCAUAUCUCAUUUCUGAUCGACCACACGCGAACAAGGAUUGGACGCGUUCAUGGUGGCAUGUACAUCAACUCUCAAACUUUGAAUGUUUCCGAACGACUCGAAGUUUUAUUUCCAUUCAUGUUCCGCGGUAUUCCUCUAAUAUGACCGCCCCGCUGUAUUGGAUCUAAGGCCGUCUUUGCAGUCACUACCCAAUGAAAACUGUGUACAUGUCGGGGUACCACCCGUACUCCUUUACUA